CCGCUGUGGUGCGCGUGCGCCAGCCGGGGCGGAGCCACGUUAUGGAGCGCGUGGUGCCGAGGUGACCCGGAAGCGGAAAGGUCUCGGUGGGGCUGCGGUGAGGAGCCGGCCGGUGGCGGGGCCGCGCCGCGCUGCGCCGCCCCGGGGAGGUGCCGUGGGGCCGGGCCGGGCCGGGCCGGGCCGUGGGGGCGCCCCGCCGGCGGGGCAGCGGGAGCCGGGCGGGCGAGUACCUUCCUUGAUCCCAUUAUGAAAAAAUGUUUAGAAAAGGAAAAAAACGACACAGCAGCAGCAGCUCACAAAGCAGCGAAAUCAGUACUAAAAGCAAGUCUGUAGAUUCCAGUCUUGGGGGACUUUCCAGGUCUAGUACUGUGGCUAGUUUAGAUACAGACUCCACAAAAAGUUCAGGACAAAGCAAUAGUAAUUCUGAUACAUGUGCAGAAUUCAGAGUUAAAUAUGUUGGUGCCAUUGAAAAAUUGAAAUAUAAUGAGAGCAAAAAUCUAGAAGGGCCAUUGGACUUGAUAAAUUACAUAGAUGUUGCACAGCAAGAUGGAAAGUUACCUUUUGUUCCAGGUGAAGAGGAGUUUAUUAUGGGAGUUUCCAAAUACGGCAUUAAAGUUUCAACAUCUGAUCAAUAUGAUGUGUUACAUAGGCAUGCUCUUUAUUUAAUUGUACGGAUGGUCUGCUAUGAUGAUGGUCUGGGCGCAGGAAAAAGUUUACUGGCUUUGAAGACAACAGAUGCAGCCUCUGAAGAAUGCAGCCUCUGGGUAUAUCAGUGCAAUAGUUUGGAACAAGCACAAGCGAUUUGCAAAGUGUUAUCUACAGCCUUUGAUUCAGUUCUAAUGUCAGAGAAGUCCUGAUUUUCUUCAGCAGCAUGUGAUUGUGUAGUACAAGAGGCCUUUGUGCGUGUGAGGAGGAAAAUGGGGCUCCUUUGUGAUAUUGCAGACUGGCCACUUAAGCGCACACAAACUCAGAAAACACUUACUGUGCUAAAAAGAGCCAUGCAACCCUGUACAUGGUACUUUGUCAUUCCCCAAACAUGACUUGAAGAAAUCAUUCCACCUUCAGUUUCCAGGACAACACGGAGUUUUAUAUUUAACCUGGAUGUUUUUUCCUAAAUCAUUAUUUUGUAUAUUAAUGUCAAUAUUGUAGAAAUGUAAAAUAAAACUGACACUUGCUUCUAA